CUAUAUUUUGACCCACUUUGGUCCAAAUUGUACCCACAUUUGUCCACUUACGGACGGCGGAAAUCGAGCGGAAAUCGACCUCCUCGUCACCGCACGGCAGAACAUCGAAUAGCCUCGGAACGUCUCAGAAUCUCCCAACACGGUAUCCGUGGCAUCUUUCGUAUCCAUCACUGCCGACUGCGGACCGACCGCGGAGGAACAUGUCAGAUACAUGCCACGUCCCUUCGGUACCGGCACGAGAGGAUACCAGGCACGGGAAGAUGCCCGCGGCAAGCCCGGCAAGCAGAAUAGACUACUGUUGGCCAGGGCCGGGAUUCCCGCGAAGCUGAUCUUAGUCAUCCGCCAAUUCCACGAUGGAAUGCGGGCCCGGGUGCGCAUGGACGACGGAGAACUAUCGGACUGGUUCUUCGUGACACAGGCCGUGCGACAAGGAUGUGUGCUAUCCCCACUGCUGUUCAACAUCUUCUUCGCCGAGGUCCUCGAGGUCUUCGUCAUCCGAUUCAGCGAGGAUGAUGUUGUUCUCCGGAGCCUGGUGUGCGUGGAAGAGGGGAACACGGAAGCGGGGGGGGGGAAGGAGACACCCCUUGACCGAGUACGGAGGGCAUGGGGGAUGCUGUAUGCCGAUGAUACCGGCGUCGUAUCGAGGUCUGCAGAAGAACUGGCGAGAAUGAUGACCAUCAUCGUUGAGGUGUUUGGGGAGUUCGGGCUAACGGUGUCGGAGAAGAAGACGGAGACGCUCCUGAUGCGCGCAAAGGACAAGCCGACUACAACAUCACAGCCCGCCCCGCCUCCACCACUGACCAUCGAAGCCGCGGGACAGAAAUACGCCCAGACGGCCGAGUUCCGGUACCUCGGUGGCCUCGUCAACGAACAUGGCGACCUCACCCGGGAGAUCAACUACAGGAGCAGAGGAGCGUGGGCGUGCCUCAGGCGAUAUGGCCGGGAGCUCUUCGACAGACCGUAAUCGCCAUUCCGACUCAAGAUCCGCCUGCUCCAGGCGGAGGCGAUGGAGGCAAUGCUGUACGGUUGCAUGACAUGGUCACCACUC